CUCGCGCUAUAUAAGUGACUGGCUAUCCUCCAAGCACAUUCGCAGAUCAUAGCCCUCCGGUCUAUCAUCAUCCACCACCUCCGUCAUCAGUAUCAUCAUCGCCAGUGUUCAAAGUACUCCAGUGUACGUACAACUGUUAUGCAAAGGGCAUGUGCAGUGUUCUUACUGUCGCCAAUGAAAGGGGCCAAGACUGCAUAUAAAUUUCAACUAUACACCACCAUCACAAGAGGAUCAUAUGGAAGUAUAUCCAGAAAUGUCGAAGUAUUAUACCAGUAACGUAUGCCUUCAGGAUGGAAAUCUGGGAACAAUAUCAGGUGCUUCAUCUACAAGAGAUGGGAAAGAACCCACUGUACCAGCUUGGAUCCCAGAAUCAAGGAACAGUACAGACAUACUAAUUAAACCUCUAAAACCUAGAUUGUUUCCACAGUUGAUGGCAGCUCUGCUCACCUGCUGGGUGAAUCUUGCCAGUGGUGCUAGCCUUGGUUAUGCAACCCCUGCCCUCCCAUCGUUACAGCAUCCAAACUCAAGAUUACACAUUACAGAGAGUCAGGGAUCAUGGGUAGCUGGCCUGGUGAUGCUGGGAGCACUGGGUGGAGGAAUGCUGACAGGACCAUGUAUUUCCCUGGGUCGUCGGCGUGCACUGUGGCUUAUAGCAACACCACUUACAUUUGCAUGGGUGCUCAUAGCACUUGCUCAAAAUGUGUGGUUCCUGUAUGUAGCCCACUUCAUCUUGGGGACCUGUCUGGGCAUCAUUGCAGAUGCAUCUCAACUCUAUGUGAGCGAAACAGCAUCAGCACAAUGGCGUGGAGCACUUGGUUGCAUUCCAGCCCUUAUGUUCAAUGUAGGAAUUCUCACAUGUUACACUGCAGGGGCGUGGCUUGACUGGGAGGAACUGGCUUUCUUUGGUGGUGGACUCACACUGCCAGCACUAUUGUUCCCAAUUAUACUGCCUGAGUCUCCAAGCUAUUUGGUGGCACAGGAAAACAUGAAAGAGGCAAUUGCCGCUCUCCACUGGCUGCGUGGUGCCACAUACGAUAUAACUGCUGAAUAUCAGGAGUUGUUGCACUGUGAGAAAGGUCCUGGGGUGCUGGAAAGACUGCAGGGUCUCUGCGACCAUGAAGCCUUUCUUCCACUGUUUCUGACUGGUGCCAUCCGUGCUCUUAGCAGGUUUUGUGGGCUGCGUGCUAUUCUCUGCUAUACACAAACCAUUCUCCUCAGCUCUCACUCUAGUCUUGAUGUUGAAGUUGCAACAGUUAUCACUGGAGCUGUGCAGCUUAUUGCAACAUUGGUAGCAUGUGGGCUGCUCGAUAGACUUGGCAGGCGCAAACUCUUAAUAGCAUCUCAGGCUAUAAUGGGACUGUCACUGGUAGGUCUUGCCUGUUACCACUAUUACCAUGAAGAUCUCAGAAAUACUCAUGGAACUCUCGUUGGUUGGCUUCCUGUUGUGGCUAUUAUGGUGUACAUUAUAGCAAAUUCAAUUGGGCUGGCUCCAGUCUCUGGAAUACUCAUCGGUGAACUGGUGCCUCAGCGACACAGAAGUAUUGCAAGUUCAAUCACCGGUGCAAUCAGCUGGCUCAGUGCUUUCAUAGUCACAAAAACCUUCCUGGAUUUAAGGUCAAUUCUCAAUCUUCAUGGUACACUGUGGCUUUAUGGAAGCAUCUGCCUAACUGGCAUACCAUUUGUAUACUUCUUUCUCCCAGAGACUCGUGGUAUCUCACAGUAUGGCAUUGAGGUACUUUUUAAAGCAACCAAGGAUCAUAGUAAUAAGAUAACUGAAACCAAAAUGGGUCAAAGUAAGUGCCUAAUGGUUUUGCAUGUGCAUACUGAGAAAGCAAGCAUCUGCGAUGAAUGCUUAACACAGAGCAGUGAAAUCAGCAGUCCAGAUAAUAUUUCGGUGUGAUAUCUUCAAUUCCAUUCUUCUUAAUAUGUAACCGGUGACAUUCCAUAGCAAACUGUUUUGCUAUCCUUGUUUCAGAUAAUGUAAUCACAAAGUGAAUACCUGUGUCAGUGAGUGAUAAAGUGAAUAAAUAUGACUGUUGACAGAAGAAACUAAUACCCUUUUUAAGCCAUGACCCAGGUGAAUUGUUUUAUAUAUAUGCAUAUAUAUUUUCAUGUAUCAUAUUGAACUUUGAUGCAAACUAAAUCCUCAUCUUAUGAAAGUGAUGUGUUACUUGAAAGGUGUUCAUUUAGAGGGUUUGACUUGGAUACAUUUGUAAUGUACUGUGUUCCCAUAAAUCAAAUUGUGCUCAGACAUACAAUAAAAUUGUUGUCUUUCA